AUGAAUCGAGAAAUCUGGUCCAAAAUUACCCAUAAUGUAGUUGACUCCAUUAAAUCCUUCCCAAAUGGUGGUUUCAUGAUACUGACAUCAGGAUUAUCAAUUGCCAACCUGACAUCUCUGUUCCUGACAUACUUUCUUGAAAAAAGCAAAUCUGUAAUCAUCCUCCUCAAUUACUCUAAUUAUGAAAUAGACUUUAUUGAUACAUAGCUUAACUUUUUUGUCACCUAAAAUUAACUAAAUAAUAACAAAGAAUAUGCUCUUUCUGUUGUAGUCUUGACUAAAUAGCCAUCUGAAAAAAGAGCUGCUUUUUACAAAUAAGGUGGAAUCUUUUCUAUAACUCCUUAAAUCUUGAUCUAAGAUUUACUAAUCAACACAUUAUCACCUUUCAUUGUUACUCACUUAAUAAUUCAACAAACUCACCAAAUCAAAUCACAGUAUGAUUACGAAAGUUGGAUCACUAAUUUUAUCAAAAUGGUAAAACCUGAACUAUUUCUCCUAGCCUUUACCAAUCAACCUUCAAUUCUACAAUUGCAACAAAACACUCCUACCAUUCUUAAGAAUUUCUAUCUGACCAACAUAAUCCCUUGGCCUAUGAACAGAGCUGAAAUCGUCAACUGUUUAAAGUAACAUCCCUUCAAAUGGAGUGAAAUCAAAAUUAAUCUAUCUAAAACCAUCAAAGACAUCCAAGAUAUUCUCAUCUCCCUUAUUAAACAAUGCAUCCAAGCAGUUAAUGGACAAUGUGGUACAUCCUACUUAACAAGCGAUAUGGUUAUUCAACACAAUUGGAGAAAACUCAAAGCACUUAUUCAAAGACAAUCCUUUAAGAUAGAUCUCAUUCAACAAUAGAUUUUCUUGGACAUCUUUCAACUAAGGAGGUUGCUCUUUGCUUUGAUCAAUCAAUCCGCCUAUUAAUUCUAUUUCACUUUAACAUAAAUAAUCAAUGAUGCUCCAAUUGAUUCCAUUUGGUACAUAUCUCAACCAGAAAUUGAAGGAUUAGUUAUGAGAUUAUAGAAAUUAGCAUAAGAGAGAGUCUACUCCUUUGUUAACAUUCAGGACCCUAUCAAAUAUACAUUUACUAAGAAGAAUGGAGAAGAAGUUGUUAAAGAAAUCAACACCAAAAUUGAUUUUAAAAUGGAAAUUCAACCUAAAUAUUUAUAACUCAUUAAAAUAUUAGAUGAAAUUUCAUAGUAAAAUUAGACUCAAACUGAAAACCUAAGAAUCUGGAUUUGGGUUUAGAAUAGUGAAAAUGUAACCUAAAUUCAGCAAUAUCUAGUUUCCAAUUAUAGAAUGAAGGAUAAAAAUAAUUAUGUUAAUCAAUUUAAUUUUCUCAGAAAGAUCCUAGAAUAGAAGGCUAGAAAAUCAAUUGACAAUCUAUUGAGUAAUAAUUCCGAGUAGUAAGCAUCGUAAUAGGUUGUGCAGGAGAGGAAAUCGAAGAUUGUAUUAAAGCAUAACAAUAAAUUAAUCAAAUAAAACAAACAAAUUAAAUAGGAAGAAGAAGCCCUGUUGAAUUAUUUGCUCUAUUAGGAACUAGAACAACUAUUCGAACAUGUCCUGGAAUAGGAAGAAUAAGUCCUGCUUCAAAAAUCUCAAGCAAUAUAAUAAUAAGUGUAUUAAUUAUUACCAUAAGAAUUGUUGCAAUUUGAUUUGNCUCCUCAAUUACUCUAAUUAUGAAAUAGACUUUAUUGAUACAUAGCUUAACUUUUUUGUCACCUAAAAUUAACUAAAUAAUAACAAAGAAUAUGCUCUUUCUGUUGUAGUCUUGACUAAAUAGCCAUCUGAAAAAAGAGCUGCUUUUUACAAAUAAGGUGGAAUCUUUUCUAUAACUCCUUAAAUCUUGAUCUAAGAUUUACUAAUCAACACAUUAUCACCUUUCAUUGUUACUCACUUAAUAAUUCAACAAACUCACCAAAUCAAAUCACAGUAUGAUUACGAAAGUUGGAUCACUAAUUUUAUCAAAAUGGUAAAACCUGAACUAUUUCUCCUAGCCUUUACCAAUCAACCUUCAAUUCUACAAUUGCAACAAAACACUCCUACCAUUCUUAAGAAUUUCUAUCUGACCAACAUAAUCCCUUGGCCUAUGAACAGAGCUGAAAUCGUCAACUGUUUAAAGUAACAUCCCUUCAAAUGGAGUGAAAUCAAAAUUAAUCUAUCUAAAACCAUCAAAGACAUCCAAGAUAUUCUCAUCUCCCUUAUUAAACAAUGCAUCCAAGCAGUUAAUGGACAAUGUGGUACAUCCUACUUAACAAGCGAUAUGGUUAUUCAACACAAUUGGAGAAAACUCAAAGCACUUAUUCAAAGACAAUCCUUUAAGAUAGAUCUCAUUCAACAAUAGAUUUUCUUGGACAUCUUUCAACUAAGGAGGUUGCUCUUUGCUUUGAUCAAUCAAUCCGCCUAUUAAUUCUAUUUCACUUUAACAUAAAUAAUCAAUGAUGCUCCAAUUGAUUCCAUUUGGUACAUAUCUCAACCAGAAAUUGAAGGAUUAGUUAUGAGAUUAUAGAAAUUAGCAUAAGAGAGAGUCUACUCCUUUGUUAACAUUCAGGACCCUAUCAAAUAUACAUUUACUAAGAAGAAUGGAGAAGAAGUUGUUAAAGAAAUCAACACCAAAAUUGAUUUUAAAAUGGAAAUUCAACCUAAAUAUUUAUAACUCAUUAAAAUAUUAGAUGAAAUUUCAUAGUAAAAUUAGACUCAAACUGAAAACCUAAGAAUCUGGAUUUGGGUUUAGAAUAGUGAAAAUGUAACCUAAAUUCAGCAAUAUCUAGUUUCCAAUUAUAGAAUGAAGGAUAAAAAUAAUUAUGUUAAUCAAUUUAAUUUUCUCAGAAAGAUCCUAGAAUAGAAGGCUAGAAAAUCAAUUGACAAUCUAUUGAGUAAUAAUUCCGAGUAGUAAGCAUCGUAAUAGGUUGUGCAGGAGAGGAAAUCGAAGAUUGUAUUAAAGCAUAACAAUAAAUUAAUCAAAUAAAACAAACAAAUUAAAUAGGAAGAAGAAGCCCUGUUGAAUUAUUUGCUCUAUUAGGAACUAGAACAACUAUUCGAACAUGUCCUGGAAUAGGAAGAAUAAGUCCUGCUUCAAAAAUCUCAAGCAAUAUAAUAAUAAGUGUAUUAAUUAUUACCAUAAGAAUUGUUGCAAUUUGAUUUGUAAUAGAGUGGACAUAAGGUGAACAAAGAUGGCAUUAUUAUUUAGUUUGAAGAAGAUACAAUAAUUCCAAAGAUGACAAUUGUUGUUAAUAACAUGAUUGAUGAUUGCUAGAGAUACACAUUUAAAUAAACGUAUAAACCUGAUUACAUUAUAAUGAUGGAACCAAAUCAUUCAUUUUUAAAGGAACUGUUAAUUAAUCAAAAUUAGGUUGAAACCAUGUUAUUGAUGUAAAAUGAUUGCGUUGAAUUUUGGUAAUAUUAUAAAGAGAAAAUGGAUGAAGAGGUUGCAUUUGAAAGGAUCAUUGAAAAUCUAAGAAACUUCUCACGGUCUUUCGAAAAACCUGAAGAUGCCAUUCAUAAAUUGAGUAUGCAAAUGUAAAAUCAAAAUUCAAGAUAAGGAAAAGGAGAAGAGUUUUUCUAAUAAUAAGAUCUUCAACCUAGAAUUUUAGUAGACUAUAGAGAGUUUAGAUGUGAUGUUCCUCCUAAAUUAUACUUUCAUGGCAUUUAAUUGACUCCUGUCAUGUUGAAGGUGGGAGAUAUCGUUUUGAGCAAUAAUUGUGCGAUAGAGAGAAAAUCUGUUGAAACAGGAGAUCUAAUUGAAUCGUUAAAUCAAAAUAGAUUGGAUUAAUAACUUUAAAAAAUGAACUCAUUUGAUCAUCCCUUUCUAUUGAUAGAAUAUUCAGACAACAUUCCCUUUUGUUUGGGAUCAUUAUCAAGGCAAUCGCAAAACUAUAGUUCCAACACAAGAGUGAUGAUCAGAUUACUAGAAUUGAUAACUAAGUAUUCAAAAAUUCAAAUUUUGUGGUCGAAUAACUCAGACGAUACAAUUAAAAUUAUUAGUAAAUUAAAAUAAACACUAGCUCGAAACUCUCCAGACAUCACAAUAUUUAAAAGUAAUAUACAAUAACAAAAUGGUUUGAUAUAAAAUGAAAAAAUUACUGACUAUUUUACUUAAAUAGAAAAAGAAAUAUAAUGA